AUGUCGACCUUCGGCACCAACUUCCGCGUCACCACUUACGGCGAGUCCCACUGCCGCUCCGUGGGCUGCAUCGUUGAUGGCGUGCCACCUGGGCUCCCCCUCACAGAAGCCGACAUCCAACCGCAGAUGACGCGGCGGCGACCCGGCCAAUCUGCGUUGACGACACCGCGCGAUGAGAAAGACCGCGUGGAGAUCCAGUCUGGUACAGAGUUUGGAAUCACGCUGGGCACGCCGAUUGCCAUGAUCGUGCGUAAUGAGGAUCAGCGGCCGAAGGACUACGGUGGGAGCACGAUGGAUUUGUACCCACGGCCUAGUCAUGCGGACUUUACGUAUCUGGAGAAGUACGGCGUCAAGGCGAGCAGUGGUGGUGGACGGUCGUCAGCGAGAGAAACAAUCGGCCGUGUCGCCGCUGGCGCCAUCGCGGAAAAAUACCUCUCCGUCGCGCACAACACGUCCAUCGUCGCCUUCGUCUCCUCGGUCGGGCCCGAACACCUCUUCCCACCCACGGCCUCGCACCCCUCGCCCAGCACGCAGCCCGACUUCCUCAAGCUCAUCUCGACCAUCACGCGCGCCGACGUCGACGCCUUCAUCCCCGUGCGCGCCCCCUCGGCUUCCGCCUCGCAGCGCAUGACCCGCGUCAUCGAGCAGUACCGCGACGCCCACGACAGCAUCGGUGGCACCGUCACGUGCGUGAUCCGCAACGCGCCCGUCGGCUUGGGGGAGCCCUGCUUCGACAAGCUGGAAGCCACGCUCGCGCACGCCAUGCUCUCCAUCCCCGCCACCAAAGGCUUCGAGAUCGGUUCCGGCUUCGACGGCACGCAGAUCCCCGGCUCGACGCACAAUGAUCCCUUUGUGCGCGACCCGGCGGAUCCGACUCGGCUCGUGACGGCGACCAACAACUCUGGCGGUGUGCAGGGCGGGAUUUCGAAUGGGGCGGAUAUCUAUUUCCGCGUGGCGUUCAAGCCGCCUGCGACGAUUGGGCAGGCGCAGCACACGACUCGCUUUGAUGGUGAGGAGGGUGUGCUGGAGGCUAAAGGGCGGCAUGACCCGUGCGUGGUGCCGCGUGCGGUGCCUAUCGUGGAGGCGAUGGCGGCGUUGGUGGUCAUGGAUGCGGCGCUGGGCCAGUACGGACGCGAACGGGCGAGGAGCAUGUUGCCGCUGCAGAAGGGUGUGAUGCCAGUUCGGGGGAUGGGCACGGACGCACGUAAGGAGGAUGUGCAGAGGGUGGUCAAUGGAAUAGAGAAGCAGGAACUGUAG